CUUUCUCUCGCGCAGUGAUACACGGUGCCUACGCGGAGGAGUGAGGCGGCCCGCGACACCCUGACGCCAGGCGAAAGCAGAUCCGGUCGGCUCGAGUGAACGCUUCGUGCUCAGGGAGGAGGCGCAGAGGAGAUCAGCUGGAUAUCCGCGUCCUUUAUCGGCACCGUUUCCUGUUCUGCUGGUGUUUGUGCGAGGCCUUUCUGACAUUCAGUGUCUGCGGUAUAAAAAAAAAAAAACCCAAGAAAAGACCAGUCAGGACCCGGGACGUUCGGCGUGUUUGUCCCCGCAGGAUGAACGUCACGUCACUGUUUUCCUUCACCAGCCCGGCGGUGAAGCGCCUCCUGGGCUGGAAGCAGGGCGACGAGGAGGAAAAGUGGGCCGAGAAGGCUGUGGACGCGCUCGUCAAGAAGCUGAAGAAGAAGAAGGGCGCCAUGGAGGAGCUGGAACGCGCGCUCAGCUGCCCCGGCCAGCCCAGCAGCUGCGUGACCAUCCCACGCUCGCUGGACGGACGACUGCAGGUGUCACAUCGUAAAGGGUUGCCGCAUGUCAUCUACUGCCGCGUGUGGCGCUGGCCAGACCUGCAGUCGCACCACGAGCUCAAAGCGCUCGAGUGCUGCCAGUUUCCCUUCGGAUCCAAGCAGAAGGACGUGUGCAUCAACCCGUACCACUACAAGAGGGUGGACAGUCCAGUUCUGCCACCGGUUCUGGUGCCUCGGAACAGCGAGUUCAACGCCAAGCUGUCCAUGCUGCCACGCUUCCGCAACCCGCUGCACCAGACGGAGCCGCACAUGCCCCACAACAUUAAAUACCCGGAAUCGUUCACCCAGCAGCCGGGCAACAGCUUACCGUUCGGCCCCAACUCUCCCUCCAACAGUUACCCCGGCUCGCCCAACAGCGGCACGGCAAGCAGCGCCACCUUCCCACACUCACCGGCCAGCUCUGAGCCCAGCAGCCCCUUCCAGAUGCCAGAAACUCCGCCUCCUGCUUAUGUGCCCCCUGAGGAGCCGAUGACACAGGACUGUCCCCAGCCAAUGGACACCAACCUGCUGGCCCCCAACCUGCCCGUAGAGAUCAACAACCGGACAGAUGUGCAGUCGGUGGCGUACGAAGAACCCAAGCACUGGUGCUCCAUCGUGUACUACGAGCUGAAUAACCGGGUCGGAGAGGCCUUCCAGGCGUCCUCGACCAGCGUCCUGGUGGACGGCUUCACCGACCCGUCCAACAAUCGUAACCGCUUCUGCCUGGGCCUGCUGUCCAACGUGAACCGCAACUCCACCAUCGAGAACACGCGCCGGCACAUCGGGAAAGGCGUUCACUUGUACUACGUAGGAGGCGAGGUGUACGCCGAGUGCCUGAGCGACAGCAGCAUCUUCGUGCAGAGCCGCAACUGCAACUACCACCACGGCUUCCACCCCACCACCGUGUGCAAGAUCCCGAGCGGCUGCAGCCUCAAGAUCUUCAACAACCAGGAGUUCGCCGAGCUGCUCGCCCAGUCCGUCAACCACGGCUUCGAGGCCGUCUACGAGCUCACCAAGAUGUGCACUAUUCGCAUGAGCUUUGUCAAGGGCUGGGGAGCUGAAUAUCAUCGUCAGGACGUAACCAGCACCCCCUGCUGGAUCGAGAUCCACCUCCACGGACCGCUGCAGUGGCUGGACAAGGUUCUGACGCAGAUGGGUUCUCCUCACAACCCCAUCUCCUCCGUGUCCUAAAAACUCUGUGUCCUGGUUUCCAUGGAGACGGGAGGGAGCGGGGUUAACGAUGGGGCUAUGGGGCAGGGAAGUUGUAUAUGAUUUGACUGGCAGCAGGCGAAAACUUCAGUCAACGAACAUCUGGAAGAUACUUGAUAACUCUGUGUGACCAAUCGAAUUCACUGAUGAGGCCAUCGUACUCGUUGCAAGUAUCCUCCUUCGGUCUUGUGACAGCAGGCGUUUUCCUAUUUCACAUUUUCUCCUUUCUUUUCUUUUUUUUCUUCUUUUUUUUUUUGCAAAAUACAUCAGUAUUCCAUUAAGGGGGGGGGGGGGGGGGGGGGUUGUGUUGGUACAGUAACUGUACAUUAGAGGGGUUGUGCGACACAACUGACCUGCUUAGAGAUAAAAAUGAGUAAACAAUUGUAGACAUUAUGUGUCAGAUGAACUUUCUAGAAAGUGUCUGUGCUGUGUAGAGCGGAACGUAUUGCAGUUUUUAUGCUCCUUUUUGUUUUUGCAAGGAAAUGUAGCAAAAAUUAGGGGGGGGGGGGUGUAGUCGUGGGGGAGGGGGUGGAGAGGUGGAACGUGAAUAAUCAAAAGUGUUGUAAUGGGAAAACAAUUCGUGGAUUAAACGGCAUGAUUUUAGCAGAGUAGGAGCGCAUAGGCAGACUCGUGCUCUACUUUUAUUGCAUCCGACUGAUUUCAGAUGAUUUUAAAGGUAGUGUAAAAAGUAGACGUGCUGAUUAUUAGAGGAAAGGCUGUGCAGUCUCUUUUUAUUAUGAUUUGAAUAUUUUAUUUGUAAUUUUUUUUUUUUGCCAGUGUAAUUUUAACGGAUAAGAGUCAGACGUAUGAGAGAAGAAGCAAGCAUCGUUUACCUAAUUCCUAAUGGAAAUGUGCCCCUUUAUCCUAAACGUUUAUAAUAACGACCGAAAGACUCCAGGCGUCCGUUCUCACUUAUGAAAGUGAAAUCACGCUAAAGGACAGACAACUCAAUUGUGUUUGUGUUUUGGAGCGGAGUAUUGCUUUUUCAACCCAGUGUUGCUCGAUAUCACUCUCAGGGCCAGAUGCAGUACGUCAGGAGACGCUCGCGAUGUGCCUGAAAUGAACAUGUAUCCGUCACGCAAAUUGCUCUCGGGAACCACGUGCUAAAUGCGUUCAGUGUGAAAUGCAGAUUAAAAUGGAAGUUCGGUCCAUAACAAUACAAGUUCAACAACAAAGAAUGAAUGAGGAAGCUACUCAGUAAAUAAAUUAAAUAAAGUCUCUCGUGCCAGGAAUGAAUUUCAACCUAGAGCCUGUGCAGUUAAAUUGAUAAGUGGAUGCCAGAGGGUGUGUCUCAAAUCAGCUCCCUAAGUCGUGAAUCGGUAUAUCUUGUACACGAGUUCGGGCACCGGUAAGGGACUAUACGUUGGGACACCGAUGACUCAAUUUCCGGUGACAUGACUACGCACUCACGUUGUAAAACAUCGCCACUGUCAUUUAUCACCAACAGGCAGGACGGAUAUCUUUCUGACAUUAUACGUCAGAUAAAUUUGUUAGCUUAGUCACUUAAACUCAUUUCUGUCACGGUACUUCAAGCAGGAUCGUAGGCUAGCUAGUGGAUAAAUAUGACUUAAAAGUCAUUAUACUCAAACAAAUCGUAUAUGGAACGUCAAAUAAAGUGAAAAAUCACUAACGUAAGUAAUUACUCGAGAGCUACGCCAACAAUAACAAGCUGCUUACGUUUGUAGACGAAGUCGGCUCUAAAGAGUUCGUCCGCUUUUUUUUUUUUUUUUUUUUUUCCUCUCAAAAAACAUGACGUCAUUUCCAGUAAGUGAGCGUUGUGAGCAUCGGAGCUCCCUUGUUUUGCGGUGCAUUGUGGGAUUUUUUUUUUAAGGACCGAACGUUCCAGUGCACUGGAAGGAUUUUGCGACUGAGAGAGCCCUUAAAAUGGCCGACUCCCUGAUCAGUGCCCUGACUACUGAACCAAGGAACAGAUUGAGACGCACCCGGAGAGUUGUAGAAGCGAGAGUGCCACGUUAAUGAGCGUUCUGCUCAAAAUAACUACAUUUAUGUUAUCCUACGUUUUAAACCCAGCUCUACCCGUCUCUAAACUGGUAUUUCUUCUUAAUGUCACCGCAAAAAAUCCUUGAGUUCCGCGUAUAGCUACCUGACAGCUGUGACACCGAAACAGGAAAAAUGCACGAUUCUGAUUGGUUAAUCAUGGGGCGUUUUUUCCCACCAUCGCAACUGGUAGCUGAUUAAAUGUGAUUAAAUAAUCUAUGUUCGUUUGAUGUUUCAAUACGGAACAAUGACUCUGUUAUGAACGUUACGGUUAGGAAAAACCAAACCCGUAAUCAUCUGAUCGCUAAAUAGUUUUUAAUGGAAUGUGGACAGAAUAAGAUUUGUGCUUUUAUAAGAAUUGUGGCUUUUAUAAGAUUUCAAAUUUCACUUAUCACAAAUGUCCUGUUUAAUGUGUUUGAAAGUGAGGAGCAUUGCUGGACGUGUUGUUGUCUGAAGAUCACGAUUGGCCGUGCUCUCUGGGUGGGAGGGGCAUACUCUCUCUCACCUGUCAAUCACAGCAGCCAAUCGUGGGUGUCUUUUAUUAUCAAUACACGUUUGAAUCAUAAAUAAAAACGAGAACGAUUUACGAGAAUGAAUUAAUACAAACGACACCAAAAACACAUGGCACUAAUUUACACCCGGAUUAGAAGGAGAACAAAAUCUCACGCGCAUCUGGCCCUUACUAAUUACCCCAUCACACAGGAAAUGACAUUUCAAUUCAGUUCCGUUUUAUUCAUUUAGCGCUUUUAACAACAGCGUCGUCACACGGAACAGAUAAUUAGCCGCACUUCCUGUUUUUCAGUCUGUUCUUACACGUUUAACGUCAUGCUCCCUGGAACACAGGCGUAUGAUCGGUGAGGUGUGGGGGGAAAAAAACAGGAGCACACAAUUUAGCAGCGAACAUCUGGCCCUCGGUGCUGAAAGCGAACCACCAUCACGAGGUAAAUCAGGUGUGUUUUGAUUAUUCACGACGGGUUCUUCAGUUUUAAGUCUCGGCUCGACGACGGAGGACUAGAGGAGUUUCAUCAGCGGCUCCAUCCUCUUGGGCCGCAGAUUUCAUCCACAGGCCAGUUGGCGGAUUAAUUCUUCUGUAUCGAAUCUGUUUCACAAUGCAGAGAAAGGGAUUGUGGGUAAACGGCGAGCUGUGUCACACCGAUUUGUCGUUGAUUGUUUUUCUAUAACAGCACUUGGCUGUUGCAUUUAGUAUUAUUUUCCUAUAAAAGCCAUAGCGUUUUAUUCCUCUAAUACCGCAACAGUUCGCAUUUUUAUGAAGAACGUCACGUCGUACUUUUUAUUCAUUUAUACUUACGUCUAAUGUCCGCAAGACAAGUUCGUUCCUGGUGUCACGUACAUUUUAAGUAGCUGUACAGAGUUGUUCCUUCACCAGCCUCACUUUUUCUCUCUCUUUCUCUCUCUCUGUCUCUCUCUGUGUCUCUGUCUCUCUCACUGUCUGUCUCUCAAUCUGUCUCUCUCACUGUCUCUCUCUCACUCUCUCUCACUGUCGCUCUCUCUGUCUCUCCAUCUCUGUCUCUCUCUCACUAUCUGUCUCUCCAUCUCUCUCUGUCUCUCACUGUGUCUCUCUCACUGUCUCUCUCUCCGUCUCUUUCUCACUGUCUCUCUCUCUGUCUCUCUCUCACUCUCUCUCACUGUCUCUCUCUCUGUCUCUCUUUCACUGUCUCUCUCUCUGUCUCUCUCUCACUGUCUCUCUCUCUGUCUCUCUUUCACUGUCUCUCUCUCUCUGUCUCUCCAUCUCUGUCUCUCUCUCACUAUCUGUCUCCGUCUCUCUCUGUCUCUCACUGUGUCUCUCUCACUGUCUCGCUCUCCGUCUCUUUCUCACUGUCUCUCUCUCUGUCUCUCUUUCACUCUCUCACUGUCUGUCUCUCUUUCAGUGUCUCUCUGUCUCUCUUUCACUCUCUCACUGUCCCUCUCUCUUUCUCUCUUUCACUGUCUCUCUCUGUCUCUCUCUCUGUCUCUCUUUCACGGUCUCUCUCUCUCUCCGUCUCUCUCUCUCUCUCUCCCCCUCUCCGUCUCUCCCUCUCUCCGUCUCUCUCUCUCUCUCUCUCGAAGUUAAUCUGUGAUACGGCGCUGUGGUAUAAACACUGUUAAGAGACGCUCUUUUCUUUCAAUGGAACAGAAGAACUCGUAAAGCAGAAGAGGCUCAGACCAAACACGGAGAAGGAAAACCUGCUUGGUGGAAAGUCUAGUCUUGUUCUGCGUUAGAGAGGUAACGCAACGUGACGCGUAUCCUCACACACAGCCGUUUUAGCUAUUCCACUGCAUCUACUUUAUUUCAUUCUUUCGCCAUUUCCCUUCGCUGACAACUAUGCAAACGUCUGUCUGUGGUCUCAGAGAUACCGAAACGCAGAAGUAUAAAUCAGGCCUCCGGAGAGUUCAUGUGGAAUUAUUCAACAUGUAAAGUAAAAACGGAUUGACGUAUUUAUCACACUUUAUCCUGGGAUUUGACCUCACGACCUUCUGAUCACUAACCGCCGGGCUGCUUUACUGCCACGUCACAAGUUCGGUGCAAAAGCAAAUCCCCAUGAACUCCUGCCAUGAAUUUUUAAAUUUUAGUCCAAGCCAAAAGCAGUGUAGUAUUAACCAUAGCACACUGAGACUUUAAUGAUUAUCACUCCCCAUAAGGCCAAACGUCUCGUCUUGAAUUGAGAUCUUGACCCCAUGAUGCUUUAAUAUCCAAUUAUUCAUCAUUAAAGCAGCAGCGAGUCUUGUCUGAGCAUUUUUAGCAUUUUAAAGUAAAAUAACUGAUUUUAUUCGGUUACUUUCUAAAUGGCACUAUUUGAUUUUUUUUUUUUUGUAAAAAGUUUAUAUCUGUGAUUGCCUUUCAUUAUUAUAAAUUUUUUUUUAUUCAAGAGAAAUCCCAUCCGCUGUUUUAAAUGGAAACUUUUGCUUGUUUUUUUUUUUGUUUGUUUUUUUUGUAUUUUUUUAAAGAAAAUCUAAUGUCGUCCUGUCGUAUCGUGCACUUUCAUAAGUGGCUUUGUGUCUUGGUUUCCGUCCUUUUUUUUUUUUUGUGCUGUUGUUGCUGUGUAGUGUUUUCCAGGAAGCGGGUUUAGCCAUGAAUAUGAAAACUCUACUGGAAGAUACAGUAAUAAAAUUGUUUCUGUA